AUGGCUGCAGGGCGGGCGCCACCCGAGCUGCGCUCAGUGAGAGUAAACCCGCGCGACCUUUCCCGUGUAGUGGUCUGGAACCGCAGCCCGCGCGUGGCGCAGCCCCUGUGGCUUGACUUCCAAGGCGAACCACAGCCCUUCCAGACGCUGCUGCCAGGAGCCAGCCUCAGAAUCAACAGCUACCGAGGUCACCCUUGGCUCUUCAGGGACGCCAGGACAAACGACAGACUCCUGGUUAACCAAACUGAGUUAUUUGUGCCAUCUCUCAGUGUUGACGGGCGGCCUGCCUUUGCCAACAUCACACUGCCAGUAUACACCCUGAAAGAGCGGUGCCUUCAAGUUGUGCGAAGCCUAGUCAGCCCCGAGAACUACAAAAGACUGGACAUUGUCUCCUCACUCUACGAAGAUUUGGAAGACCACCCCAACGUGAAGAAAGACCUGGAACGGCUUAGCCAAGAACGCAUUGAAAAUCAGUGA